AUGGACGAGCUCCAAAAUAGCCUUGGCACUUACCCAGACUGGGGAUAUGUCAUCUAUCGCACUACCUACUCUGCUGAAUCGGAAACUCUAUUCCCAGUCGCUAUCAGGUACAUUGAAGCCUGUAUUAAGAGAUCAUUCCUCCGAGACCACAAAGAAGAUCCUACAAAUAAACCCAACGAAAUUUGCGCCAAAUACCGGUCGACUAUUGUGCAAGAUCCCGCGGAAUUCAAUGGGGCGUCUCUCGAGGCAAUUCGCGCUCAUUUUGAAGCGUGGGUGGAAUCUCAAGGCAUGCGUGACCGCUGGACCAAAUGGCGAAUGUGCAUGAUUAUUGAUGAAGAAUCUCUGCAAACGCUGAAAGGUACAUCAGCAGAGGCCCUUGAAAAUGAGAGCCCAUACCAUUCCGAUGAUGAGCUACGAUGUGUAAAGGUUCUUGAAGCAUUCCCGGAAACAGAUCAGUAUGACACCUUUCCGGGGUGGAUGAGAUGUUGGACACGGUGUCUUUGGGAUCUCUGGAUGAUGAUGGGAGAUGCUAGUGAGAUGAGGCAGUUAUUUGACGGCAUUGAUGAUUUUCCAUUUGAGGGGGUGUACUGCGGAUAA